UUGUAUUAUACUAUAAGGCAACAGAAUUUAUACCAUGGACAAAUAUAUCUUUAUUCAUAUCACAGGAAUCAUAUUUUUGGUAUUACACGGUUUUGUAAGAUCAACAGAAUUACCUUCUUGUGAAUGCUCUGAAGGCGACAAAGACAGCUGUAAAAAAGAGCGAUUACAUUUAGCAUUGCCUUAUAUUAAUCCUGUAAAGGUUGGUCAUGAACAGACCAUUGAGACGUCAAAUGGAAAGACAUUCAAUAUGCGGACAUUAAGUUUAUCGCCGCCCAUUUUCGAAAUCCCAAAUUUCUUYACUUCUGAGGAGUGCGACUAUGUAAUUGAAAUGGCCAAGAAAAGGGGUAUGUCAGAUAGCCCUGUACUGAAAGACAAGAGAAUCUUUCAAAACGAGACAACUGAAGAAGUUUUUAACACUUGGGAUGUUAACAACGAUGGAUUUGUCGACAUGGAUGAGAUGAUGAUGCUUCGUGGUAACAGCAAUUUAUAUAUCACAGAUGAAGAUAUAGCUACAAUGUUUGAAAAACUAGGAAUUGACAAGGAUGAAGAUGGUAAGAUGAAUUUUGAAGAAUUUCAAGAAGUCACAGCAGAAGGCUUUAAGAAUUACUUCGACCGUCUUCGUCGAGAGGUGAAGUCUCUWCAAAGUAGAAACAGCAAACAAACAUGGAUGUGGCAUGACGAAGACGAACUUCUGAUGUACGAAGACCUUCUCGAGGAUUAUCACGAUAGAUUUGCAAAGAUCACCGGUCUUCCUACUAAGAUGGUAAAGGAAAACGAACCACUKCAGGUUGUMCAGUAUCCAGAAAAAGGACAUUACCACUGUCACUAUGAUUCUGAUGUGAUCAACAAAGAACUGCCUUGUUGUGUCUACGGAUCAAAGAAAUGUAGGUUCUGCAGAUAUCUUACUGUAGCAGUAUUCUUGAAUGAUGUGGAAAGUGGUGGAGAACUGGCUUUUCCAGUUGCUGACAAUGCUACCUAUAACUGGGAGGUUUGGACAAAGGAAUCAUACACAAACUGUAACAUGGUAAAGCAUUGUGCAAAUUCAAAUGUUGUAGUCAAACCAAAAGCCGGUACAGCGGUUUUGUUCUAUAAUCACUUAUACGAUAAAACAAGCCAAUGGUCAAGCGCCUUGGAUCCCAGGUCUUUAGUAGGAGAAUGUCAAGUUAAUAAAGGAGAAAAAUGGAUUGCAUUUUCUUGGAUGAGUGUCCCUGGAGAUGGUAUUAAUGAGCUUAAGUCAUGGAAAAUGGGAUCUAAUUGGCUGUCGAUCAAUAAUCGAAAUAUGGAAGUGUUGUCGUCGCUAGAAGCAAAUUACAAACCUACAGAAGAGAUUACUGAGAAUCGAUAUACCAGAGAAAAAAAUACACGUGGAGACGCUUCGAAGCAUAGCAAAGAAACCAUUCAUAAGGCUAUCAAGGAAAGUGAUACUGGUAAUCACAACACCAAGGAGACUCUUGGAGAGUCGAGCGAGAACAUAGAAGGACCUGAAAAACUUAAAAAAGAAAGCGAAGUUGAAAUUACAACUGAGCACUACGAUGCUCUAGAGGGAAUUAACAUGAAAGAAAUCAAAAAGGAAUUUCUAACUCAACAAGAAAAUAAAGAAACCGAACCGUCAACCUCUUCUUCCGAGGGAGAGUCCAGUAAAAAGGAUGAUGUCAAAAAGGAAUCCUUAACUCACACAGAAAAUAAAGAAACGGAGCCAUCAACGUCGUCCUCCAAACAAAAGUCCACUAAAGAAGACAUUGAUCUUAAUGCAUUUCCAAAGGGGCCUGAGGUACAUUUAGGCUCUACACCAGCACCUUUACCUCUGCCCCAAGAAAAAAUGACCCUUAAGGAGCCAAUUGAACCAAAGUUAGACUCUGAGCCCCUCCCUCCUGUGGAAGGCCAUCGCGUGCUUAAAUCUAUAAUGCUUUUAAUAGAUGAACUCGAUCAAGUUGAACUUGAAAUCGUCGCUAGAAAUUUGCACUCACGAUUAAAGCUAGUGUGCGUCCCUUUAAUGAUAAACCCUAUGGGGACUUUACGCUAGGAAUAACGUACAAAAUUCGAUUUUCAACGUGARAAGUCAUUGAAUCGCGAUGGUUAAAAUGACGUAUUUUACGGACUCAAUAUUCUAGAGCAAAGCUUGAUGGGAUAGAUUAAUGGCCUCCGAACAAAUCCGCCCCAAACAAGGUAUUUUCUCUUGGCAUAAAUAAAAUAAUUCUUGUAAAAAGAAACACAUACAAAUUAAGGGAAUUCAGCAACGUUAACGUUUGGCUACUGUUGAUAUGAUUGACAUUAUUCCAACCGAAUUCUUUUAUCCCAUCGAUGGUCGGGAUAAAAUUAUUAAAAGCCCAAAUUAGAAAAAAAAGAAAAAAAGAAUUGGCACUUUUAUGGUAUCCCUCAGAAAGGUCUAGUUUAUAAAGUAGAAUACUUUAGAGUUAUUCCACCAAACCGAGUCGUACAUGAGYUGAUAGUCAACGAGGCUCCGAUUAUAUACACAAUCACUGGAUCAUGAGAAAUUACUGUGCACUCUAAUAAAUAUUAAUUUUUCGACAAGACAACUUCCGUCUUGUGCGGCCCGUAUAUGUUCUUCAUGUUCUUUCGUUUAAGCUAAGUKGGUGACUUCCUUGGUUGUUAACACUGAUUGUUUUCAUUAUGAAAGAAAAAUCAUGAGGAAAACAGUCAAACACGCAAAAAAAAUUACAGUUGACAGUUGUCUAUUCAAGUAAUAUAUUAUGUUGUCUAUUCACAGCAUAAAUUGUCUGAAUUCGCAAGGAUUAUUCAUGUUUUACCGAUCAAAUUUUAGGAUAAUUUUGUGACCAAAACGGCGGUAAACCACAAUAUGUGAUUGUUUUUUGUUUUUUUUUAAACACACACUAAAAUAAAAUCUUUUCCAUAGAGGCAUUCAUGUUUACACCAUCAAGUAGUGUUAUGGGAAACGUUUGUGGCUUUCUUGGUGUGUUUACGCUGUACAUUGUGUUCAAGUAACUUUUGAUUUCUKSUCCUUUGCAAAGCGACAAUACGGAGUCCUAUCUUGCAAUUUUGUAUUAUUUACCAACCCAACCACACAAAACUGAAUUGUUUUAAAAAGAAUCCUUCAUGUCUCUGUUCCGAGAUAGACCUACAUUAAAUCUUGCGGCUUUUUUGGUAUCAGUAGGAACUUCGUUUUCGUGUAAGGACUUGAUUUUGCUUUCACUCACACACUAUGAUUUGCAUAUCUCGCUAUUUUGUUUUCUCCAUCCUAGUAGUGGAGAAACCAAUCUUAUCGGGCCUUUUCUCAUAUCCAGUGACUGUGUUUAUAACAACCUACAAGUCAAUCUCAUUAACGCUGUUCAAUUGUAAAGACAUAACGACAACAGCAGAGUCAUUUGCAUAUAUCUUGUUUAACUUCUUUACAAAAAUAUCCAACAAUAUCAAUAACAUUUUAAUUCGCUAUUUACUGAUCUAAAGUUUAGAAUUACAAUUCUUCCUGGGAUUUUUGAAAACCUUUAUAUGCAAAUUAAGUUGUUGUGUCUCAGUAUAUGUCUUUACAAGUGAUUGAACAACGUCAAUCGGAUUAACUGUAUACAGAAUUGUGCAAAACAUAUAGUUAAAAGUAAUCCGCCAUUGGUAGGGAGGUUCUCACAAGACAUAUACUGAAAAGGCAAUACUUCAAAAAGGAAUUUACCAGAGUUCUUAGAAUGGCAAGUACCAAGAAAUAUAAGAAAAUUUGAAUUAUUAUUCCAUAUGUAAACUACAUUAGCAAAGAACCUGUUUCAGGAUAUUAAGUUAAAGGGAGAUACAAAAUCAUUUGUACAUAGAAAGCAAUGAUGUUAAGUUUGAUUAAAGGAAUAGUUUUCUUUAUAAA